AAUUCAGUUUUGGUUUUACUGUUCGUUCGGUUGUCAACCUUUUCCUGUGAAUUAUUUUUAAUUAAUACAACAAUAGUAGAUAUACAUAUAACGAUGAUGAAAAUCAUUGAAGUUUUUUUACUGUCAGGAAUAAUUUGGGUCGCUUCUGCUGAAUUGCUGAUGGCAAAUCCUCGCAAUGAUCCACCAACUACAAUCAAUCAACAUUUCAUGAACUUUAUACAUAACGAAAGGGUGAACUUUCCAUGUGGAUGGCCAGAUUCACAAAUGGCUCCAAUUGAACCUUAUCGUAUCGAUGAACUUAGCUUUGUGAUAGAUUCAGCAUCAGAAUUUACUGGUGUUGAUUUUCGUAUGACAAAUGCUGAUAUGACUGGGCAACAUAACAUGUGUUUCAACGACUUUGAUUUACAAGUUACUGGAUUGAUUUUAAGAUUUAGUUUAACAAUGCCUAGAUUGAAUAUCGUUGGCAGACAUCGAACAUUCGCCAACAUGGUCAAUGGUGGAGUGACAAUUCCAAUUUCUGGUGAAGGAUCUGUAGUCAUGGGAAUGAAUAAUGUUCGAGUGACUUCAGUUGGGCAAAUGAGAACAAUGCCAAAUGGCAACCUAAACUUGGACCAACUUGUUUCAACGACACUUGUAUCAACAGUUGACACUAGUCUUACUGGAUUUGGAGCUUUAGACGGUGCUGUUAGUCGGAUGAUUUCAGCUGCAGCACCUCAACUCGUCAACGAAAGACAAGCUGAAAUCAAUGAAGCUCUUCGUACAACUCUUAUCCCCGGAAUAAAUCGUUUUCUCAAUCAACAUACAUUGGUGAGCUUGGUUAAUUUAAUGGCUGACAGAACUCAAAAUCCUCCUCCACGUCGUUGCUUUGUUGUUAAUCCUCGUACAUGUUCAUAAAAAGUGCUUCUAUCUUCUGAAGUUGGUAACUAAUAGCAUCCACAAUAAAUCACGAAUAAAAUCAAAAUUAUUAUUCAAUUUAUUACAUUAUUAUUUUUUUGUUUUGUUUUUCAUUUUAUUCUUCAAUAACGCGUAUUAACUAUCAUAAGAAUUUGCAAUUCUAUCGAUAAA